AUGAGUGGGUCCAAGGCCGAUGCGACGGAAGCUAAGGAGCCAGAGAAGUGCUGCAAAUGGUCACUACCGAAAGUGGUGCUUCCCUUGAUCCAGAAGAAGCUGGAGCAUUCUUCGUGGGAGGUCCAGGAGUCGGGGGUCCUCGCGCUGGGCGCCAUCGCCUUCGGCUGCAUGGAUGGAUUGACACAGUACAUGCCCAAGGUGAUGGAGCUUCUCCUGAAUCUGGUCCGUGCUCCCAAACCGCUGCUGCGGAGCAUCUCGUGCUGGACAGUGGCGCGAUUUUCCUCCUGGAUUUGCAACGACCGCAUCAAUCCGCAGUCGGCGCAGGUGCUGAGAUCAGUCCUUCAGCAGCUGCUCUUGAGAAUCCUCGACAAGAACAAGCGAGUGCAAGAGGCGGCUUGCAGCGCUUUUGCCACGCUCGAAGAAACCGCCCGGCAUUUGCUGGUUCCGUACCUGAACGACAUUGUGCAGACCUUGUCCAAGGCGUUCCAGUACUACCAGGCCAAGAACUUGCUCAUCCUUUACGACGCGGUGGGCACAUUGGCCGAUGCCGUAGGACCAGAACUGGAUACUCAGCAGUACAAGCAGCUUGUGCUUGAACCGCUGUUCCAGAAGUUCAACAACACCCCGGACAACGACAGAUCCAUCAUCGCGCUCUUCGAGUGCCUGUCGUCUUUGGCGCAGAACCUGGGGCCGUCCUUUAUGCCCCUCUGCAAGCCGCUGGUGGACCGCUGUAUGCGCCUCAUUGUGACUGGCGCGCAGGCGGCACAAAGGUGGAUGCAGAACCCCAACGAGUACGAGAAGCCGGACCGCGAGGUGAUGGCCGCGAGCAUCGAUCUGCUCGCGGGCAUCGUUGGGGGCCUACAGGCUCGAGUCGGCGAGGUGCUGCAGCAGCAGAACUUCUUGUCCGUAGUCUCGGAGGUCCUCAAGGACAGCGCUCUGCAGGCCAGAUGGUCCAUCCCAAAAACGCUGCGGUUGGUUUUGUCCUAG